GAAACCCCAGCCAUUUUGUACUCAGUCAGUGCUCUGCAGAGGAGGAAAGAGAAGAAGAGAGUAGUUUCACCUCUGCACUUGGAUUUUAACCUCCGUUCAUCGGAAAACUUCACCGCCGGCACCGAAGAACUCCUAUUACGGCAUUGGCUCUAGCUCUUUGUCUCUCCUCACCAAUCAAUCAAAUCAAAUGGCCAGCCCUGUUAUUUUGGAAGAUGUUGAGAAAGUGCGCCAACUUGCGAAGGUAAUAUGGUACAAAGAAGUAGACACAAUAAAAAGCAUCAACUUCCCAUCCGAACAGGAAUGCUCCAAAUACCUCAGAGAUUGCCGAGACAAUCACAUCACCGUGGAAGAACUUUUGGACCAAGGAGUUGAGUUGAAGCAAAAAAAGUACCAAAAUGAUGCUGUUCGUUAUCCCAUCGCUGAGGACAUCUUCUUGUACAUCGUGUAUUGCGGCAACAGUGCACUGCAAACUGUUCGGAACUGCACGGUGAGGAAGGAUUAUUUGAGUAAAAUAAGCACUCACGUGGAAUCCCUCAUCAAGGAAUUGGUAAAUCUGGACACGGGGAAUCUGAGCAAUGUGUUGACUCUGAAAGAGGAAGCAGCCAAAUACAAGGAAUCUAUGUUGGAAUUUAUCAACAAGUGUCGAAGUUCUGCGUCAGCUGAGUUCUCGCGAUGGGUCAAUCAACAGGGCCUCACGUUUGACAAACUAGUGCAAAAAUACCAGCACAUUCGUGGACUUGGUUGGCUUUUCAAAGACCUGAAAGAGGAAGAAAAGAUACUGGUGUAUGGCGAUAUCAUGCAGGCAUCUAGGCGGGGAAGUGUUAUAAAGUCAUGGUUAUCCAAGGCUAUGUCAAUUGGUGGCGCUGCUGUGGUGGUUAUCACUGCAGGCCUGAUGGUGUGGGACAUAUAUUCGUCUGACCACAAGAUUCAAACCGUGACACACGAUGCCGUAGUCAGCACAACAGCGAUGGGUGGAGCGAUAUUGGGGGAUAUUAUUGGAGCUGCGAUUGCAACUGACUUGGUUGGUGUGGAGGCAACAUCAAUGUUUGUUGCCAUGGCAGGAUUUGCGACUGGCCUUUUAGGAGCCUUUAUCCUGGCUGAAAUUGCCGGUGGCUUGAUUGAGUUGAUUAUCGGCUCUGGUGGCGCCAUUGACAUUGACACCGACAACCAUAAGUGCUACGUCGCGGCCAUGCCUGAUGGUGUGGUUCUUGCUCGUCAAAUUGCGCAUAAUCAAACAAAUUAGAAAAAAAAAUCAAUGCUCUAUUGAAAUAAAAUAGAACCAACCACAAUUACAAUUGUUUCAAAUGAGAUUAUAUCCAAAAUAGACCCACUUAUUUUGGAACUCAUUUCAUGUGAGAGUUGUAAUGAAUUCUUGGUUAGUUUUUGUGUAUUAACCCAACUGUACGCCUAGAGUCUAGAUCCUCUGUCGUGGUUCUCUACAGUGUUUUUUGCCAUGCUGCCAUGCUCCAAAACGACGACGUGUUGGAAGUUUUUUUUUUUUGGUUUUUUUGUUUUUGUUUUUGUUUUGUUUUUUUCCCCCUCUAACCUCUCAAACGUUUGCGAGCACUCUCACCUGAACCAAUAUCCAAACCCAAAUUCGAAACAGACUAAGAAGAAGAACAAGAAGUGCAUUCAACUUGAAGCUCACAUUCUUCAUUGACAAAUCCUUAGCUCUCGACUCACUGAUUCAACUCUUUCUGAUUCAUUUUCUAUUAUACGAGUAAGUAAUAUAGGUGUCAUAGAACUCUAAGGGGCCAAGAUUCGGGUUCUUCAUGACGUACAUGGCGGUGAAUCGGAUAUCGAAUGAAGCUAAAGUGGUGGUGAGAUUGUCGAUUGCAAUGGAGCUCAACCGGAAUUUUGAGGUUUUGGGGCAUAAGAUUGUGAGAUCGAUAGCGAUGAAGAGGGUAGUUUGUAGGACGAAGCAGAGGUGGAUGAUGCUCAUGCAUUUUAUGGAUUUUUUUGGAGAUUUCUUUUACCUUGAUUUUGGUAACAAAUAAUAAUGAGUAUUUAUUUUGAAAUCUAGGUUGUAAGAUAUAUUGCAAAUGCUUGUAAAAAUAUCUCAUUGAAUAUAGUUGGUGUGAAUUUUGGGUUAUAUGAUGUAUUUAUGUUAUUUGAAAUUUGGGUUUGUAAGAUGCACUCCAAGUGGUUGUUAAAUUUUUUGAUUGAAUGUAGUUUUCUCGUUUUAGUUAACAAGUUCCUCAA